AUGGGCGGCCGCGCCGCGUCGGAGCCGCCCAAUGCGGCGGCGGCGGCGCGCACGCCGGACCUUCCGGACGACAUCGUAGAGCGGAUCGCGCUCGCGUGCGUCCGCGGCGGCGGCCUGCGCGAGUGGUGCCGCGGCUGGCGCGGCGUCUCUCGACGCUACGCGCCGCUCGCGUGGUUCGAGUCGCACGUCCGCGGCGGCGUGCCGAUGACGGUCGUGCCGUCCGCGGCGACGCCGACGGUGCAGACCGGCGUCGCGUACGCGCGCGCGUGCGCGGCGUCGCACGUCGCGCGACUCGCGUCGUGCGAGAAGAUCACGCUGGACGACGACGACGACGAGGAAGUCAUCGCGACGGGGCCGAUCGUACUCGUCCGCGAGGGCGUCCAUGCCGAGAACGUGCGCGUCACGCGGAGCUGCGCGGUGAUCGGCUUCGGCGAGCGCUCGAAGUGCGUCGUCGAGGGCACGGGGUGGGAGCCCGCGCUCGCGUUCGCGGGGCUGGGGACCGCGGAGGACGGGAACGCGUUCGGGGACGACAAGCCGAGAAUGCGAGAGGCGGGGAGGGUUCGCAUCGGAAAUCUGGAGUGGGUAGUCACCGACACGGGCGAGAACGCGUUCGCGUCGAAUCUGACGCUCAGGGUCAAGAACGGCCUUCAAGCGUACGCGGUGAUCGUCGUGAACGGCCGCCCGCGGUUCGAACGAUGCGCGCUGCGAGGCGGGAUCUUGGUGUUGGGCCACGGGACGUCGCCGAGGAUGUCGAGGUGCGACGUGAGGGGCUCUCGCGGCGCCGGCGCGAAAGUAACGGAUCACGCGACGCUACGCGUUCGCGACGGCGAGGUCACGAAUAAUGCCGGGAACGGGUUCUUGAUCGAGCGCGGCGGGCUCGCGGAGAUAUCCGGGACGUCCGUGCUCGCGAACGGCAGGGAGGCGGUGCUGCACACGCCGGACACGGUCGGCGUGGAGCUCGUCGGGGACGACAACGACGUCCCGGCGUGCCGCGUGCGCUUAGGGAUGAAGAAGCCGGGUUCGACGGAAGCCGACGCCGACGCCGACGCCGACGACCCUCCCCGCGUCGCGGUGUCGAUACGGCCGAACGUGCGGCGGCUUCGACGCGGCGUCGAGCUCGAGACGCACCUGCACGGGGAGCUCCCGGACGCGAGGUGGUUCGAGCACAACAGAGAGGUGCGCGCGGUGAGAGGGUUCGAAAUGGGACCGGAGGACGCGGCGUCCGACGACGACGUCGUCGAAGAAGGCGCGGCGCGCGCCGCCGCCGUCGUGCACGAGGAGGAGGACGACGCGUGGAUGAACGGCUGGAUGCACGCGUGA